AUGCGGGGUAUUGAGGUCGCGUGUAGAGGGACCAACUUAGCUUUCCCGAGAACGAACCACCUUCGAGUACGCGACCUAUGCGAUUCCACUUGUGGAAGCAUCGCAAAAGAUAUGGAGAUCGCAAUUCCCUUCGUCCAUUGGGGUUGUCGAGUAGGCGCGGGGAACAUGGAGUUGUUGCAG